AUAGUUGUCAUUUUUUGACGUUUUCAUAACUUUACCAUUUCAUACUCUUUUUUAUUAAUUAUUUUUAUUAAAAAAAAAUGGAUCCUGCUCGAAAAGCAGAAGAUAAUUUGGAUAUAGAGUAUUUAAAUACAUUAAGAAACAUCAAACCUUACAUCACUUGUAUCAUGAAUAACCAUUACAUCGAAUUAGUUCGAGUUUGGUUGGAAAAAUUAAGCGAUACCAAAGUAGAAAACAAAACUCUUCGAAACGAGUAUUUAGUCGAAUUGGGAAAACAAAUUGUCAGUGGCGUUUUUGUGGAGCCAUUUGUUGACCCCCCAUCACCUGGCGCAUUACCCCCUUUUAAAACGAACUGGAAAAAUCAAAGUAUCGAAGUGACUAAAGAUAGUAAUAAUCCUUGGGUACAAUCGGUUAAUAAGCAAGAGGAGAAAUUAGAAUCAAACCAACAAAAAAAAUCGGCCCAAGAAAGAUUAAACGAAGUCCGCGAGAACAUUACGAAAAUUUCCAAAGAUUUAAACGUAAAAAAUCGAAACUUAAAAAAGAAAAAAAGCAAAACCAAAAAGCAACACAACAUCCACACAGUAAAUAACCAAAUUUCUUACACCAACGAAGAAUGGAUCACCCCAAUGGGAUAUUACGAAGGCCAACAAAAAAACGAUUACUUCCCAGUCAAAGUAAUAAAAAGAAAUCAAAAUCAAGAUGACGAAAGUUCGUGGAUGGAUGUAACUGAUAAUUUAAGUACAACGUUAACUAUUUUUGGUUCAGGUGAUGCCACGCCGAGAAUUUACGAUGUUAACGAAGCUUUGCAUCUCCGAGAAGCGUACGAACAAAAAAUCGCGAGUUUAAUGGAAAUGAUUCAAGACUUGAAAGAUGAAAAUAACGUCUUAAAUCAACACGUUGAUAAAUACGAGAAAGAUUUGAAAAAUAAUAAAGGUGAAACGAGCAUUUUUAAUUUGGCCACUGAGGUGGAAUGUUUAAAAACGCGCCUACAAGAGUUGGUUGAUAUUAAAACGUCGUUGCAAAAUAAUAAGUAUAAUGUUAUUUCUGAGUGGCAAAAUGCGGUUAUGACGUUGCAAAAAAAGUUGGGGUUGUUGCAGAAACGGUAUAAUGAAUUGAAGGCGGAUAAUAAUGUUUUGAUUAAAAAAUUGGACGAUUUUGAUGUUGAAAGACGCAAGGAACUUACAAGUCAAAAACAAAAAAUGAUUGAAUUUCACGGUAGAGAAACAGAUAUGCUUAAAGAGGUACACGCAAGAGCAAUAACCGAAUUAGAAUCAAAAUUUAAUCAAACAAUGUUAGAUUUAGAACUAGAAUAUUCGAAAAAAAUGAACGAUUUAAGAGAAUCCCACGAGAAUCGUCUAUCCACAAUCAAAGAUGAAUUCGAUCAUAGAAAUAAUCAUAUUAUUUCCGAGUACGAAACAAAAUUAAGAUAUUUUAAAGCACAAUACGAAGAAAGACUGAAUCAAAAAGACGUUGAAAUUGAAAAAUUGGAACAAUUACUUCAAGAACAGUGUUUAAGGAUGCAGGAAGAGGUGCAAACGAUUCGGAAUCAAAUUGAGUCGAAUAUGUCUAAUAGCAGUGAUUCUUAUAUUGAGAAAAUAAAUUUUUUGCAAAAAUGUAUAAUAAAAAUGGAAAAGUUGUAUCAAAAAUCGGAAAAGGAAAAUGCUAAACAGUUAACGAAGCUUAGAAAAGAAUUGGAUUAUAAAACGAAAACGAACCAAGUAGUUAAAUUGGCUUUGACGACUCAAAAGGCCGAAUUAUUAGCCAGCACUUUGGAUGGUAAGCAAACUGAAGUUGAAAAAAUUUUUGCUGAACUUGAGGAUCAUUAUAGAAGUAUUAUAAUUGAGCAACAAAGAAAAAAUAUGGACGAAAAGAGGAGGGAUGCCAAAAUGAUUGAAGAUUUAAAAAACGAACUUAUUAAAUAUAAAGGCUGUUUUUAA